AUGACAUCCGCUGGGCAGAGCUUCGGCUGGACGGCUCAACUCUUUAGCUCCAGCAGUACCCUGGACGUCCUGGUGAUAGUUUUGUACUUCGUGUUGGUUCUGGGCAUUGCGCUGUGGGUUAUCGUGUCAAGCAGUCGUGGGACAGUAGAAGACUUCUUCCUGGCUGGACGAAACCUAGUGUGGUGGCAGAUAGGUGCUUUUCUUUUUGCCUCAAAUAUUGGCACUGGCCACUUUAUGGGUCUGGCUGGAAAAGGGGCGUCUUCAGGGAUUGCUGUUGGGGCCUUCGAGUGGAACGCUGCAUUUAUCCUCUGUGUUCUUGGUUGGGUGUUUUCUCCUAUUUACAUUAAGUCUGGGGUAGUGACGCUGCCCAGAUACUUGAGGAAGAGAUUUGGUGGCUACCGGAUCCAGUUCCUCCUGGCUAUUCUGUACUUACUCAUCUAUAUCUUCAGUAAGAUCUCGGUGGAGAUCUGCACAGGCGCCGUGUUUAUGAGGUUGGUUCUGGGGCUGGAUGUUUACCUGGCCACCGUGAUCUUGCUGUCUGUUACCGGCAUAUAUUCCAUCACAGGUGGUUUUGCAGCCGUGGUUUACACAGAUAUCUUACACGCUAGCUUCGUGGUUCUGGGCUCUGUCUUGUUAAUGGGCUAUGCCUUUCAUGAGAUAGGCGGAUACCAGGAGCUGCAGAGCAGGUACCCGGAGGCCAAGCCAACCCUCACCUGGGAAGGGAACUGGACUGCCCCGAUGGAGUGCCUCACACCACGCGUGGACGCCUUCCAUAUCUUCCGAGACCCCGUCACUGGAGACAUCCCCUGGCCUGGGAUCGUCUUUGGCCUCUCCACCAUCUCCUUGUACUACUGGUGCGCCGACCAGAUUUUUGUCCAGGGCUGCCUGGCAGGGAAGAGCUUGUCCCAAGUGAAAGGUGGCUGCGUCCUGUGCGGGUUCCUGAAGCUGUUGCCCAUGUUCAGCAUCGUCAUGCCGGGAAUGAUCAGCCGCGUCCUGUACACAGAUAAGGUGGCGUGUGUUGUGCCUGCGGAGUGUAAGAAGUACUGUGGCAUCCGCACCAGUUGCACCGCCAUCGCCUACCCCCUGCUGGUGGCAGAGCUGCUGCCCAGCGGCGUUCGAGGCUUGGUGGUGUCUGCCCUCUGGGCCUCUCUCAUGUCCUCCCUGACCGCUGUUUACAGCAGUGCCAGUGCCGUGUUCACCAUGGACAUCUACCCCCGUAUCCGGCCGACGGCCACUAAAAAGGAACUCAUGAUAACAGGAAGGUUUUUCGUCAUCGUCCUACUUGCUGUCUCCAUUGCCUGGGUCCCUGCCCUGCAAGUGGCCCACAGGGAGCUGCUCUUUGAACACAUGCAGACGGUUCUGAGCUACCUGACGCCCCCCGUGGCUGCCCUGUUCCUGCUGGCCGUAUUCUGCAAGAGGGUCACUGAGCAGGGUGCCUUCUGGGGGCUGGCCAGCGGCCUUGUGAUCGGUUCCUGUCGCAUGGUGUCCGAGUUUGCCUACGGGCCCUGGACCUGCUCCGUGAACAGGAAGUGCCCCCGGAUCAUCUGCGGCGUGCACUACCUCUACUUUGCCAUGAUCCUCUUCGCCAUCAGUCUCGUCACCGUCCUGGGCAUCUCCAUGUUCACCGUGCCGAUUCCAGACAAACACCUCCACCGCCUCUGUUGGAGUUUGCGGAACAGCCGGGAGGAAAGGGUGGACCUGGACGAGGACGCAGAGGUGAAGAUCCCUGAGCCCCAGGCACCGCCAGGUGAGAAGGAGGCCGGAAGCCAGGACAGGAGGGGCCUGCUCCCGCCACCCAGCCCGCGGGCUCCACCCCAGAAGUGGCUCCAGGCGGAGGCCCCCGUGAUGCCUCUGAGACCUCUCUCUGGGGUUCUGGGCCCGGAAUGUGGAGGUGGGAGGUGUCAGCAGGUGCAGGGGGAGGAGGGGAGGGUCUGGUACAAAGCGGUGACGGCGGCAUCUGAGAGGCCGGGCCUCCCACUACCGCGGCAGCUCUUUGUCUCUGGGGUCCCCGGCGGCAGCCCCUCCCUCGGGACACAGGCCCCUGCAGCACUGGCUGGGAAUAAGACGCAGAACGGGUCACCGCGCGCAGUGCUGGACCGAGACGUGCUCGUGUUCAUCAGGGAGGGCGCCAUUCCCCGCCCGCCUGUGCGCGGAGCUGGCCCUGGUGCUGACCCGAGCCUGGGCGGGCCUGCAGCGGCCAGACGCCGGAGGGAUGAGCGGGGCUCUGUGUGGGUCCGCAGGGGAGGCCUGCCCCGUGCCAGCCGGGCUCUGGGCUGGCUGAAGUCUCUGCUGAUGCUAGGCGAGCGUGACCCCCCAGCCCUGCUCUCUGUGCCCCCGAGGCUGGUGGGAGGCGCUCCGCAGCCAGGGCUGAGGCUUGCUGUCCGCAUCGGGAGCCGGUCCCCUGGGCUCCCUUCAGGGUUCCCCACGAGACGCAAGACCCUAGGAAGACCCCUCCUGUGUGCCGGCCUCCUGACCGUGCCCGUCCCCUCGGUUCCAGACGUGUUCAUAGAGGCCAAGGGCUGCCUCUGGAAGGCCUGGGAUGUGUUCUGUGGCCUGGAGUUGCUGCCCAGCCCCAAGCUGGCCCCGGAAGAGGUGGUCGUGCCCGAGACGGAGCAGGAUGACAUGCCUGGAGGGACGGCGCGCGGUGACAUGGAGGGGACAGAGGAGAGGGAGGCGCCGCAGAAGCAGCCCAUCUGGAACAAAGCGCUCGGCCUCUGCGGGAUCGUGCUGGUGUCGCUCAUGGUGCUCUUCCACAUCUACUUCUACUAG